AGGAAAUGGUGGGGGAAUAAAACGACCAGAUUAUUUAAUUAAUGCAUGUUAUAAUUAAUAUUUUAUUUUAUUGUAAAUUAAGGCGUAUUUAUGGGUUAAAAUGGAUUACGACUUCAAAACAAAGCUGGCGGCCGAGAGAGAGAGAGUAGAAGAUCUGUUCGAAUAUGAAGGUUGCAAAGUGGGUCGAGGCACCUACGGGCACGUUUAUAAAGCUAAGCGCAAAGACGGGAAAGAUGAGAAGGAGUAUGCACUGAAACAAAUAGAAGGCACUGGAAUAUCAAUGUCUGCCUGCAGGGAAAUUGCUCUGCUACGAGAACUGAAACACCCAAAUGUGAUCGCCCUCCAGAAAGUGUUCCUGUCCCACAGCGACAGAAAGGUCUGGCUCCUCUUUGACUACGCCGAACACGACUUGUGGCACAUCAUUAAGUUCCACCGUGCCUCCAAGGCCAAUAAGAAGCCUAUGCAGCUGCCCCGAGGGAUGGUGAAGUCUCUCUUGUAUCAGAUCCUGGAUGGGAUCCAUUACCUCCAUGCCAACUGGGUGCUCCACAGGGAUCUGAAACCAGCUAACAUCCUGGUGAUGGGGGAAGGCCCCGAACGAGGAAGAGUUAAAAUUGCUGACAUGGGUUUCGCCAGACUCUUCAACUCUCCGCUGAAGCCGCUGGCGGACCUUGACCCCGUGGUAGUGACGUUCUGGUACAGGGCCCCGGAGCUGCUGCUGGGGGCCCGACACUACACCAAAGCUAUUGACAUCUGGGCGAUUGGCUGCAUCUUUGCGGAGCUGCUAACAUCGGAGCCCAUCUUUCACUGUCGCCAGGAAGACAUCAAGACCAGUAACCCAUUCCAUCACGACCAGCUGGACAGGAUAUUUAGUGUCAUGGGUUUCCCUGCAGAUAAAGACUGGGAAGACAUUAGGAAGAUGCCAGAGUACCCCACACUGCAAAAAGACUUCAGGAGGACGACGUAUGCAAACAGCAGCUUAAUCAAAUACAUGGAGAAGCAUAAAGUGAAACCAGACAGCAAGGUGUUCUUGUUGCUCCAAAAGCUCCUCACAAUGGACCCGACUAAAAGAAUCACAUCAGAGCAGGCGUUGCAGGACCCGUACUUCCUAGAGGACCCAUUACCAACCACUGAUGUGUUUGCUGGCUGUCAGAUCCCCUACCCCAAACGAGAAUUUCUUAAUGAAGACGAGCCAGAGGAGAAAACAGAAAAGAACCAGACCCAGCAGCACCAGCAGACGACAGGCCAGGCUCAGGCCCAGAACCAGCAGCAGGCAGCAGCCCAGCAGGCCCCCUCCCAGCAGAGCUCUGCUCAAACCAAUGGCACCGCCGGAGCCACGGGGGCCACCACUGCAGCGCUGCAGCACGGUCAGGACCAGGGGCCACCCAACAAGAAACCUCGGAUCGGACCCUCUGGGGCCUCCUCAGGCACUGGGGUGCUACAGUCAGAUUACCAGCACUCUGGCUCCCGCCUUGGUUACCAAAGCAACGUCCAAGGUUCCACUCAACCCCAGAGCACCAUGGGAUACUCAUCAUCAACCCAGCAGAGCUCCCAGUACUCCCACCAGACCCACCGUUACUGAGGCUCCUUGUCACUCCCUAACCAGCAGAGGAGUCAAGCUCCUCCUUGUCUUCAGCCAACCCUCAACAACCUCAGCUCCACGGCUCCCGCGUCCCGGUUGGACCCUUGUCCCUGCAUUACAUCAUUCCAACUCCAGCCAUCCUUCUUUUCAAACUGCCCUCACCUUUGACCUUUCGCCCGACAGCCUUCAGCGGCACUGUAACAUGAAGGCUGAUGAACAUAGGAACCAAACGAAAUCCAAUGAGAAAACAAAUUCUGCCUCAUCGGCGCAUUGAAACACUUUUAAAUCGACUGAAAAAAGAAAAGGUGUAAGAUAGAUGUCAAGGCGUCUCACACACAGACUCAGAACCGUGGCACUUACAAACACAACGUUCCUCACCAGGAAGAAUCGCAGCUGUGUUCAAGUAUAUUAUAUAGCACCUUUUUCUAUUUGAGUUUUUUUCUCCUGCUCGUUUGCUAGACUUUUCAAGUUUAACUUGAUAGUUGAUGUCAUUAUAAAUAUUGUUACAUACAGAAGCGAUCAGAUGUGAGGCAACUUAAAAGGAAAAGCCCUUUACUGUCAUCUCUAGUGUAUUAUUAUCAUGGAUAAUCAAAUGACAAUAAGCUAAAGUUUGAGCUAAACCCAACCUUUUAAGAAAAAAGUUUCUACAAAGAAAAAAAAACUCAGCUUUUAAGCUGAUGUCAUUGCAGGGAAAUAUAAAAAAAAUUAACUUAAAUCUUGAUAUUAUAGGGUUUCUAUAUUUAGAAGUGUUUAUCUAGAUUUGGAUUUGGAAUGUAAGUAAAGCAGUUGUCUUUUUACAGCUCUAGCUUCUGUAUAAUGUGAUCACUCCAUCACUUUUAGAAGUAAGAACCAUUUAACAGCUGAGCUUUGUUUCCUGUGAUGGCAGCGUCUUCGGGAGGUUUUGACACCUCUUGUUAGUGGCCGGCAGCUCCGGAGUGCGUUCUUGUUCGCUGGUUUUCACUUUGCUGUGACACCCGUGUUAUUUUGGACCCUUGAAACAUUUAAGGUUUCUGAAGAUGCGCAUAAUCGUACAGGGCAGCUAAACAGUACGCUCCCCCCCUCCGACAUAUGCUUCUUGAGACUGUUACUGCCUGAUGUCAGAUUGUUUUUUUUAAGGUUUUAUUGUUAUCUCUGUUGUCCCGUGGGCGUGUAUGAGCGUGUGCACGUGUGUGUGUGUGUGUACAGUAUGUUUUUUAAGCACACUGAAAA